AUGUCCUUGGCCAAUGACUCACUCUUUGUGAGCCAGAGAGUACGGCACAGCGAGCAUCCAGAACAGAUGGGGACGAUACGAUACGUUGGACCUAUUAAGGAACAGAGCAGUAACUAUUGUGGGGUAGAGUGGGAUUCGUCCGUCGGGAAAUACGACGGAGAAUACCAGGGGACUCGCUACUUCAAUUGUGCACCUUUAUAUGGGUCAUUUGUUCAUGUAAAAAGGCUUAUCCCAGCAACGAGUUUAUGGGAUGCCAUUCUGGACCGAUAUGUUACAGGCCGCGAAGUCAACGGCCUAGAAACGAUGUUCGUUACCGAUGGUAUUCGAGACACUCGGGUGCACUUCUAUGGGCAAGACAAGCUUGAUAAGUACCAUCAACAUCUGGAAAACCUAACAGACAUCGAUCUUCAAGGAUAUGACGUCGGGCACCUAACCAGUACAGGCGACCUCUCUGUAUUUUCGCGCCUAGCUAACCUUCGCUUUCUCGAACUUUCAUUUACAUUGCUCAACGAUCCUAUUAGUGUGCUUACCCUACUGUGUGCAAUUCCAUCUCUUGAAGUUAUCUUGGUGAAUGGAUGCAACGUUAAAUGGCAUGAGCUGUUUGAGACCAAGCCAGACAGAGCCAGAAAUUCAAAUGCAGACAUGUCUACUUGUGUUCCCAGCAAGCGUCAAGAAUUUGUAAGAAUAUUACAUCAACUUAGGCGUAGAAAACGCCAGUUCGCUAUCUAUACUAAUGCCCAGAAGCACAGACCAGAGCAUGAUGCCAAUACCACCGCCACUAAUACAUGUAUUACUGGCCUUUCCCUCAGAGCUCUGCUCUAUCUACCCAACUUGACUGAGUUACACGUUGACUUUUGGGCUCUUUCACCUAAAGACAUUUCCUGGAUUAGGCACCAAGAUCUCUUGCAAUUGUCUGCAACCUCUAGCUUUAGUCAGCCCCUUUCCGAAGUAUUGGUGGCCAUGGCUAGAGCAUUUCCAAAGCUUAAACAUUUAAGUCUUUGCGCAGACACAAAGCAUUCAGAGCUUAAUUGCCUGCAGAAGUGUAUGAUUGAGGCCUCUAUGCAAUGCAGUUACUUACAUACAUUUCAAAGUCUUACGACACUCAACCUUUCUGGAAGAAGCUUGGAUAUUAGCCUCCUACGAUUGAUGCACAAGCUUUGCCCACUAAUAGAGGAUGUUAUAUAUGAGGAGAUCCACGUGAACGGCGCACCUGUUCCACGAAAAGAACAUAAGGCCUAUGCCGUUGCUGUGCUGGGCCCACAGCUCAAGGUCCUCAACUGGAUACCAUUGUCUGCCGAAGACAUAAGUUCAGAGGAGCGAUUUUACAUUUCCAUUUGGUUUAUCGGUGCCAUGAAACUUAGUGGAGAUGAUCUCCGAAAGCAUUGGAAGGAGUCCUCAGAAGUCUCUGUUCUUUUACGUAAACAUGACCUGCAAUUACCUGGAAGUAGGAUUAAGCAUCUAUUGGAGUCUGUGCCUGAGAUAAGAGAGGAAGGAAUAAAGGGGAUAAGUGAUUGGAAUGAUGAGCAAGAAGACAGGGAGUUAUCAAGUGUGGAAAGAAGAUACCGUGGAAAGCUGAUUGAAAUUACUCUGUUAGAGCCUCACCAUUCCAAACAGAAAAGUCCUAGGAAGAUCCUUUUACCAAAGAGUACGUGCGUGUGGAGGCUACUCAUAAUCCUGAAGGAGAUUUACGGAGUAGAUGUGUCUCACGGGAUGGUUGCCUCAAGCAAGAGCAUAUAUGGAGAAAAUAUAAGCAGCUUAAGCCUUUACACACCUAUAGGAGACGUCACAGGAACAGAGUGUCGCAUCCGAGUAUGA